UUAUGUUUUGUUUUCUUUGGUAAUGUAUUUACAUCAUAGGAAUUAGGAAAAACAUUCUUGACCCUCCAAAGCUGGAGUGUCAGUCUCACAUUGGUUAAAAGUUAGUAUUUUCUGAAUUCUUGAUUCCUCAGAUCUAGGAAUAGUCUUUCCAACAUAUGAGAAAGAAGAAAGAAAUUGCAGAUCCCAGAUUUUAGACAUUUAGAGAUAACAAGGAGAAAAAUUAACAAAACCCCAGAAGAAAAAAAACAAUCUUUUUGUUUGAUUAGUGUGUAGAGAGGGAUUUAGAUAUUGAGAAAAACAGAGGAGAUGGGUAUCCAAGAAAAUGGGAAUGGGGGUGUUUUGAAGUAUAAGAGGAUGGAUUCUGAUGGAAUGGAAGAGGAUGUUGCUGUAUUAUGUGAAGAGAAAAGAAAUGAUAUGAGCAGCAGAAAAUAUGUUUUGGUUUGUGCCAUCUUUGCCUCACUUAAUUCUGUGCUGCUUGGAUAUGAUGUUGGUGUUAUGAGUGGAGCUAUUAUAUUCAUUCAGCAAGACUUGAAUAUUAGUGAAGUACAAGAAGAAGUUCUUGUUGGAAUCUUGAGCAUAGUUUCACUUUUGGGGAGUUUAGCAGGAGGAAGAACUUCAGAUGCCAUCGGCAGGAAGUGGACCAUGGCUUUUGCAGCCAUUGUGUUUCAAUCUGGGGCUCUUAUAAUGUCUCUCGCUCCUGACUUCAAGGUGUUAAUGAUAGGCAGAUUUUUGGCUGGAAUCGGUAUUGGUUUUGGAGUUAUGAUUGCACCUGUUUAUAUUGCAGAGAUAUCACCCACGGUUGCUAGAGGGUCUUUCACUUCCUUCCCUGAGAUAUUCAUCAAUCUAGGAAUUCUUUUAGGUUAUGUUUCAAAUUAUGCAUUUUCUGGUUUAUCCCCCCAUAUAAACUGGAGAGUCAUGCUUGGUGUGGGGAUUCUCCCCUCAGUUUUUAUUGGUAUCGCGCUAUUUGUCAUUCCAGAAUCUCCAAGGUGGUUGGUGAUGAAAAACCGGAUUGAUGAAGCAAGGUUAGUCCUACUUAAAACUAAUGAAAAUGCUAAUGAAGUGGAAGAGAGGCUAGCAGAAAUUCAGCAAGCUGCAGGGCAUGUUAAUGCUGAGAAGUAUGAAGAGAAAGCAGUGUGGCGUGAACUGCUAAAUCCUUCACCUGGAGUUAGAAGAAUGCUGAUUACAGGUUGUGGUAUUCAGUGCUUUCAACAGGUCACAGGUAUCGAUGCCACUGUGUAUUACAGUCCAACAAUUUUUAAGGAUGCAGGAAUUAAGGGUAACACUCAGCUCCUAGCUGCAACUGUUGCUGUUGGAUUCACAAAAACAAUAUUCAUUUUGAUAGCCAUAUUGCUCAUUGACAAAGUUGGCAGGAAACCUUUGUUAUAUGUCAGCACAAUUGGUAUGACUACUUGUCUGUUUGGCCUUGGCCUCACACUUUCUCUACUGGGUAAUGGUUCAGUUGGUAUCAAGCUGGCAAUCUUAUGUGUGUGUGGAAAUGUAGCAUUCUUUUCCGUGGGGAUUGGACCAAUUUGUUGGGUCUUGACAUCUGAAAUCUUCCCUCUGAGACUUCGAGCUCAAGCAUCAGCUCUUGGUGCAGUAGGGAGCAGGGUUAGUAGUGGUGUGGUUGCAAUGUCUUUCCUCUCCGUUUCUCGUAUGAUUACAGUAGGAGGAACAUUUUUUGUGUUUGCUGCUAUAUCAGCUCUCUCUGUUGCUUUUGUUCAUAAAUGUGUUCCAGAAACAAAGGGGAAAUCAUUGGAAGAAAUCGAAAUGAUGUUCCAGAAUGAUAGGCCACAACAAGGUGGUGAAUUGGAGCUUGAAGAUGUCAAACAUCUAAUGCAGACACAAUGAAAGAGGCAUAUUAGAUAUCAUAUCAUAGUUUUAGCAGCAGCCAGAAGAAAGUUGGCAUUUGCUCUUGAGACACUUAUUUGAUUUGCCAGCUUAACAAUAUCUGUGUUGCAUUACACAAAAUAUGAAGUUAUAAACAAAACAAGAAACUUUAUAUCUUUUUGUCGUUAGGGGUGAGGCUUUCUUGUAUCUUGAUGACAUUGAAAUUCGAUAUCUAGAAACAUAGAAGUAAUACAUAGAUUUUCUUCAUUCACUUUCUUUUUCCUUUUUUUGUAAGAACAAAAGAGUACUAAUGGUGAAUAUCUGUAUAUAGGUUCCACUUGA